UGUUUCUCCGCUUUUUAAAAUUCUUUUAUGAAUAUAAUCGACGAAAAAAUGGGUAAGUUUGUAACAGUAUCUGAUUUCUCGACAGUACAAGAACUCAUAAAAUACUUUAAAUACUUUGAAGAAAUUCAGAAUCCUCUUAAAGAUAACUUAGAAUAUUCAUGCGAAAAUUUAUUAGAAAACUGCGCAGUUAACGAAGAUGUUCAUGAAUGGUGUCAAACUAUGCUGUCUUCGGAAAUGAAUGAAAAUAUUUCCAAAGGUACAUUAAGUAAGAUUUUAGAACUAUUAUUUUUUCUCAGGUUGGUAAAGUUGGAUAAAUUUAAAGAAUAUAACUCUGAGUUUGAUGAUGCAGUUAUAAGCAUUUUAAAUAUGGGCUGCAAGCUUAUAAACUCUUGUAACGAACACGGGUUUAGUGAAAAAGCUCUUUUCUAUAACGAAAAGUGCAACUGUUUAAUUAAUUUGACGAUGUCUGACAUGGAAACAAAAGAAUAUUUUAAAAACUUUUUAGUAGAAAAAAAAUUUAUCCUGGAAUUGUUUCGCAUUGAAAGUAAUGAAAAACUGAACAUCCUAAACGAAUGCAUUCCCGCAUUGUUGAGAAUUACUCAACAAAUUUCAAGUUAUCCCCUUUACUUGCAAUACUUUCUGCAUCUCUGUUACAACGUUGCUAUAAAGUGUAUAAAAACAGAGCGCUAUGCUGAAAUCUUGGAACUUUUGAAAGGUGCAAAAGAUCUUGCAAAAUCCACUACAAAGCAAAUUAAAGUAUCUCUGCUUUACCUUCUAGUUGUAGUUCAUUUUCAUACAGAGUAUGAGGGAAAAUUUCAACAAUGCUUGGAAACUUUAAAUGAAAUUUAUAGCGAAGAGCCUACAAUGCUUUGCGUUGCUUGGAAGGUCAAAGUGGCGCUUCUAGCUGGCUUUGAUUUAAAAGAAAUCUUGAACAAUAUUGAGAAUCUUCCGAUAAUUUCAGCUGAUUUUAUAUUAUACGUUACUGAACAACUGUGUGCUCAGAAUUACGGAUAUUUGAUCUCAGACGCUUUGAAAAGAUUCAGACGAAAUCGCUUUGACGUGAAAGAGAAAUCGUAUCUGAUAAGCACAGAACUAAAAAUCUAUAUUGAUAAUAGUAAUCUGAAAGAAGCAUUCAAUGUUCUUGGAGAGUUAUCAGAACUUGCAAGACGAAGUGAUACACCGACUUCUUGUAUUUAUGAGGUUUUUAAAAUAAUUUUGGCGCAUUCUUCCAAUGAAAAUAUGAAGAAAUAUGCCCGCGAAUACGUGUCUAUAUACGAUAAGUGCUUAAUUAUCAUGGAAGUAGCGAACAUGAAAAUGAAUUCAGUUCACCAUAAUCUGAAACAAAGAAUAUGUUUCUGUUCUCUAGAGAUAAAUGACAGGCAAAAAGCUAUGAAAACUAUUAAUGAAAUCAAGAAAUUCCCACUCAAAAAUUUUUUCGAUGUCUUUUUGUUUUUACAAACAGGCAUUUUGUAUGAGGAUAAUAGCCUCGUGGAGCUUGCACUGAAAAAUGUAGGAGCAUUCGAAGAUUACAAAUGCUUUGAAGAUGUACUUUUAGCUUGCUUCACAAGCGCCCGAAAUAAAAGACAUUUCGUAAGAAGAACUGUAGACGUCGUCUCGGAAGUAUCAAGCACACUGUGGAAGAACAACUUUUCAGCAAAGAUUUGCCGAUAUUUCAUCAGAGUAUAUCUGAAUGAUUCAGUUCAUGAUCAUACCAAGAUUCAAUUCUUAAUGGAGAAGGCACUGGAAGCAAUUAACCGAGAGAAAGAAGAUGACACAUGGUUUUUCCGCAUAUCGUGGAGCCUUGCUUUGAGGCAAGAAAAUGAAGACUUGACUACCCAUAAGUAUUUUUUCCUCUGUAGUCGCUUUCUUCAACGAGACCAUCAGUCUGAUAUGAAACAGCAAGUACUCUUGAUGACAAUUUCUUCAGGACUUGAGGUGAUUCGCUCCAAAGAAUCCACUCAUGACAUCAUUGGGCAAGUGAUGGGAGCCAUUCAGGAAUGUAAAACUAUGGAAGCAAUAUCCGGCACUUUGUGGAAUCUUCUGUUCCUUUAUGAGUUUGAAAUUAAAACUCUUUUGAACGAUACCCCUGGUCUAAUGCAACUCUUGAAGAAAUCUUGCGUGGAUGUAGAAACUCUUCAAAAUGCUGCUGCCACAGCUUUUGCUUGUAACAACAAAGAAAACCUUAAAGUUGUGAUGAUGGCCCUAAAAGUUGCCGCAAAUAAAGAAAUACCUGAUAGCAAAAUGAUCAGUCAAAUAUAUCACAGUUUAAUUCAGGUAAUGUUUCUCAUUGUGGAAUGCAUGGAUUCAUCCGUAGAAUUGGAGCUUUUUGAUUUGUGUGGAAAAAUAUGUAAUCAGCUGGAAAACACUCUCGAUGGAUAUACAGAAUCAGAAAUUUUAUGGCUGACGGUCAAGUGCUGGAACUACAGCAUACAAAAAAUGACCAGUGGUUGUAGGAAAAGUGCGAGAGAAUGGGCUUUGCUCUCUAUAAAUUUUCUCUCCAAGCUGGACACUUUGAGGUCAUUGCACGGUCCCAAAAUUCAAAAGCUCUUUGACACCUUCUUCUCAUAGUUUCACUUUUUCAAUGUAUACAUAUAUUUCUUCAUAUAUAGAAUAAAAACUAGAGAUUGCAUAGUUUAUUAUUUUUUUUUAUUAUUG